GCCAAGAGAGAACGCAUUCCAAAUGGAGCACAAGUGUGCCUCCUGUGCGAGGCUCUCUGCAUUCUGCUCAGGAGCAACAGAGAGCAGGUUGUGGCCACCGCGGCCCGCGCUGCUUAGGUCUCCAGUCUCACCAUCCUGCUUUUCUCUCAGGACAGUUGAGGUUCUCUGCUAAGGACCAAAUAUAAAGACUGUUCUCAGAGUCCUGGAGCCAACGAAGCUUGCCAGAGCGCUGCAGGGAGAGCUCUAGCCUUGCUGAGACAGACAGAAAAGUUGUGAAAGUCUCUGUACAGCGUGCCAUGUUCUGGCAUUCAUCCCCAAAGCCGCUGGAAGCAGAGGUGGAGCUGGUGCUGAGAAGCUGCAGGUGAGAAGAUCUCUGGGAGGACGGAGUAAUUCAUGUGAGCUUCCUGUCUGGGGACAGCACCAGAGCGCAGCAAACCUUGGAGCUGCCCCAGAGAUGGGCACCAACAGCAGUACGGUGGGCCAGCUCCUCUGGCAGGGGCCAGUGUGUCUGAGCUGGAAGCAGGAUCUGGAAGGGGCUGUGUACCACCUGGCCAACUGCUUCUUGCUCCUGGGCUUCAUGGGGGGCAGCGGAGUAUACGGAUGCUUCUACCUUUUUGGCUUUCUGGGCACGGGCUACCUGUGCUGCGUGCUGUGGGGCUGGUUCGAUGCCUGUGGGCUGGACAUUGUCCUGUGGAGUUUCCUGCUGGCAGCAGCCUGCCUGCUGCAGCUGGCAUACCUGGUAUACCGCCUGCGCAUGGACACCCUCCCCGAGGAGUUUGACCUCCUCUACAGGACACUGUGGCUGCCCCUGCAGGUGCCGCUGCACACCUACAAGGAGAUCAUCCUCUGCUGUCAGGAGCAGGUCUUGACUCUGGCCACAGAGCAGACGUAUGCCGUGGAGGGGGAUACACCCAUCAACCGCCUGUCGCUGCUGCUCUCAGGCCGGGUUCGUGUCAGCCAGGAUGGGCAGUUUCUGCACUACAUCUUUCCAUACCAGUUUCUGGACUCUCCUGAGUGGGAGUCGCUGCAGCCCUCUGAGGAAGGCCUUUUCCAGGUCACCCUAACUGCCGAGACUGAAUGUAGCUACAUUUCUUGGCCCCGGAAAAGUCUCCACCAUCUUCUAAACAAAGACCGAUACACCUCCCGCCUCUUCGCAGUUCUGCUGGGCUAUGACAUCUCAGAGAAGCUCUACACACUCAAUGAGAAGCUCUUUGCCAAGUUUGGGCUGUGCUUUGACGUCCGCCUCCCCAGCCUCUACCAUGUCCUGGGUCCUUCUGCCUCAGAUGGAGGGCCUGAGUCCGAGAAGGAUGAGGAGGAUGGCUUUGGACUAGCCACGUGCCCUGCCCCAGCGGUGCCCACCUCUGCCCAGCAACCCCUGCCCUGUUCUCCCCAUCCAGCUGCUACCAGUCAUCCUGCUCCUCUAUCCCGGGCCCGGAUACCCAGGCCUGACAGCGGUGUCCUGGCUUCUAGAGCUCCAGUCCAGAACUCCUCUCAAACUAUGGCCAGAGUCCAGGCCCCUUUGGCUCCAGUCCACACUCCUGAACUCUAAGGGCCCCUAGGAGGUCCUUUUCUGUGUGGCCAGGACAGCUCCCACACAUGUGCACAAGACGGUCACUCGUGUGCCACCUCCUCACCACUGCAUAACUCAGGCAAGGCAGGCAUGGGCACAGGGCACCCAGGCUGCUGCUGCUGAGGGAUGGGGCAGACCUCACCCUUGGGAGAGCCUUCCAGAGAAGCCCUUCUGGGGCAAGGCCCGGAUGUGUCCUUGCCCAGUGAGAACUGCAGGAGCUUGCCCAGCCUCUGGGAGCCUCAUCCUCUCCAUCAGUGGGUUAGAAAAUCCACCUCACAGGCCUCUGGCAAGGAUCAAAUGAGUUGAUUUUAGACGAAGCACCUAGGCGUGGCGUGGCACCUGUGAAGCACUCAAUAAAUCACUCUCCUCCUU